AGUCCUCAAAUUAACUAGUUUUUCAUGCAAUUAAAAGGACUCAAACUUUGUGAAAAAAUACAUGAUACUUUAUACUUAGUUACUUCACUUUGAUUCAACGAUGCUUGUAGGACCAAGCCUCUUCAUCGAUCCAAGGGAAUAAACUGUGUGCUCCACACUAUCAUUUUUAAUAAGUUGCAUGUGGCGAGACAGAAGAUCCAUUACUCAAAGUCGUACACAAAGCAAUAUCCUUCCAGUGACUAUCACGCCGAUUCUUAAAAGAAUUCACAAAGGGUGCUGAAACCUCAUUUUUCAUUAGACUGUUCCAAGAACUUAUUACUCGAUUCGCGGUGAAAAAAUAAAAUAGCGCCACCGUUGUUAUGUCAGCUCGCUAUCUGGCCCUGAUCAUGUUGGAGAUUGAAGUCGAGAUCUUAGCCUAUCUACUAGCCUGGUGCUCCUGCGUUGCCUUCUUCUGGAUCCAAAACAGUGUCUCAGAAACGUCUCCUUCGCAGACAGUCGACAGGGCAAUACAAGGCCAGAUCGAAGAGAAACGACAAGAGAUUGGGACAUUGAACCAGACUGCCCAGGAACUCAACACAGAUGGGGCCAGACAGGUCGCAGAGCCCGUCAUGCUGCGCAUGAACACACAAUGGCGAGAGAUUGAGCAACGAUUCACCCAGUUCAGAAAACCAGUCCGGGAGGAGGUCUUCGUUGAAAGAACGGUCACAGAACUAAAGACAACUUACAAAUUCGAAGAGAACACCGUACAGCAAGAGAGUGGGCAGAAGCCGGUGGCUGACUUCGGCACGCUGAUAGAAGAGGCCAAUGCACUGUGUGUUAGGGUGGUUGAGAUACAAAGUAAACUGAAGGUUCCGGAACUAACGGGAGCUGCCUUUGAAAAUUUCUCUGUGCAGGAGGACCAUGUGAAGGUGAGUGACAACGGAAGGAGAAUUGAAGUUUGUGUUAACAUCGCUGGAAGCCCGUGUGUUUUGUGGACACAGGUGGAGGGUGUGUGUUAACAUUGCUGAGUUUUCGUUUGCAUGUAUGUGCGUGUAAAUAGGUGGUG